CCCGCCCUCCUCUGUGUGACGCACGCGCUCACGUUGACUGGUGUACUUUUUUGAUGGAAGGAACCUUCUCGCGAUGCCUGUAGCUUUUUAAGCAAUUCAACAAGAUUUGUGGAGCUUAAAAAAUAUAUUAAUUAAGAAGCGGAGACUUCCGGAAAAAUGCUGCCUGGUCAUCCGUGUCGUCACUGAGACGCAACAAAUUCAAACAUGGAACGUGAGGGCUCGUUAAGAAGGAGUCUCCACAACAGGUUGAAGCUGGCCAGCGGUUCGUCCUCCAGUUUGACAGACCUCUCGCAGGCCAAGCCGGUGGAUGAAGGAAGCAGGGAUAAAGGGACCCAGCAGAGGAGAGCGGGAGCCAACGCCACCUGGAAUAGUAUCCACAGCGCAGUCAUCUCAGUAUUCCAGAAGAAGGACUUAGGUGAAAAUGAGCUCUUCACUCUGAACGAAGGCGUCAGGCAGCUUCUGAAGACCGAGCUGGGCUCCUUCUUCACAGAGUACCUUCAGAAUCAGCUGCUAACCAAAGGCAUGGUCAUACUGCGAGACAAGAUUCGCUUUUAUGAAGGUCAGAAACUGUUGGACUCUCUGGCUGACACCUGGGACUUCUUCUUUUGCGAUGUCCUGUCCAUGCUGCAGGCCAUCUUCUUUCCAGUGCAGGGAAAGGAGCCGUCAGUGCGUCAGAUGGCCCUGCUGCACUUCCGGAAUAUCAUCACCCUCAACCUGAAGCUGGACGAAGCUCUAUCGCGGCCCCGAGCUAGAGUGCCGCCCUCCAUCAUACAGAUGCUGCUCAUUCUUCAGGGUGUCCACGAGUCCAAAGGUGUCACAAACGACUAUUUGCGUUUGGAGUGUCUCAUCCAGAAGGUGGUCUCCCCUUACCUCGGGACCCACGGGUUAUAUUCCCAAAAUGAGAAACGUCCCGGGUCGUCCAAGUCAGGCAACCCCCCCGCGGUUAAGAACCCAGUGGUACGUUCUAAGAGCUACAAUGUUCCCAUCUUGAGCCCCGUGGCGGAGUAUGACGUGGAUUCGUCGGUGGGAGGUGGUGUAGGUAUCCGGCGCCACUCUGUGUCUGAGAUGACGUCCUGCGUGGAGGAGAGCACAUCUGUGGUCGGGUCCAGCAUGGACCACUCAGCUACCUCAAGCCAGGAAACCAAAGUCUCGAGGUCCCCAUUGUCCAACUCCCCCGGAAUUCUGGCACAGGGCAUGAUCUCUGAUCCCAGCUUGUCGUCCAGUCCGGAGAUGAGUGCGGAUUGCGUUCCGGAAUCUCUGGACUCCGACCCUGAGGGCAUUUUUCUGGACUUGUCACAAGCUCAUUCUGGAGAUGGAACAUGCAGCGGGAACAGACAGAGUGUGGCCUGACAGGUGGUUUAAGAAAAAGAGCCAAAUAAUGCUAAAUCAACCGUUUUUAGCUUUUAGCCAUGUUAAAAUGCUAAUUCCUCACAAAAAAAAAAACACAACAACGUGGCGUCCUUGACAUACAAUCUGCAGUAUGCUCAAGUACUGCUGUUUGGCGCAUCUUGUGGUGUCCUACUUUGUGAGCGGUCAUUGAAUGCAUCUUAGGAUGCUUAACUUUCGGAUUUUGAAAAAUAGCCACCAAAAUAAGUCCUUUUUCAAAAGAAAGUAUAUUGUUAUUGUGCAUAUAAUCAAGUAUAUGGCUAUAAUUAACCGUGGAAAGUUCUAAAUAGCAUGAUUUUACUCCUCGGACACUAUUUUAUAUUUAGAAUAAUGUGUUAGGUAUCUACUUAUUUUAGGAAUUACAGACGAACCUCACUGGAACUAAUUUAAUUCGAUCUGUACGGAGCCCAUCAUCUAGCGUUUUGAAGGACAACACAUGUUUUGGAUCAAUUAAAAUUAUAAGUAUUUUUUA